CUAACGUGUCUGAGUUCAUCGUCCCAGAGAUUGUGAACUCAUAUUCACUCGGUGUCACCAAUAUAUUCUUCCCCAACGAAGACUCACAAAAAGAAGUUGCUGCACAUCCCUCCGAAGUCCCUCGGCAAUCAACCUCUUCCUCCGACACUGAGAUGACGAAAAAACCAGGUUCGACGGUCGCUUUGAAGGGCCGAAAGUUUUUCAAGUGCCACAAAUGCGAGAAGAAGUUCAGGAGCCACAACGGUUUGAGGUAUCACAUGGAUACGCACACCGGCAAAACUACUUGUCAAGUAUGCGGAACGGUUUUGUCAACUCGCAUGGCUUUAGAACGGCAUUCACGCGACGUACACGAAAAAUGUAAUGAAGAGACAACGCACAUGAAAUUUACUAGUGACCCUUGUAACGAUGUGUUCAAAUCACGCAUAACUCUUCGCAAACGCGUGGUGUCCAGGUCACGCAUGGCUCUUCGUAAACGCGCUGAAUCGCUCACUGGUGACACGACUUGUGAUUGGUGUAAAAAAAUCCUCCCAACGGUGAGCCAUCUAAAUCUGCACGUGUGCUCCGCACAAAAGCAAUCUCAAGAAGAGACCAACAAAAGAACUUUUAUUUGCGGUCGUUGUAAAAAAGUGCACAACUCACGUCGUGCUCUGAACAGGCACUUGAAGUUCCACGCUGGUCUGACGACCUGCAAAUUAUGCAGGAAGGUUUUUUCGAGUGUCUGCAGUUUGAAGCAGCAUUUAAUUUCCGUUCACAGGCGGAUUUCCAUUAACGGAAGAAGGACUCGCUCACGUGCCCCCUCAAAUAUUCACAAGCCAUCCAAGAAGGAGACUAAAGGAAGGAAAGCUCCCUCUCAAGACAGUCAAAAGGAGACUGAGAGAAGAGGAGCCUCCUCUCAAGACAGUCAGUUUACAUGCGGUGUUUGUAAUAAAACAUAUAAACAAGAGUGUAACCUGAUGACUCACAUGAGAUCGCACACUGGCGAAACGACGUGCAAAUUGUGCGGAAAGGUUCUGUGCAGGGUAGACGCCUUAAAAGACCACGUGCGUCGCGUCCACCAACUAUUUCAAUAAGAAACUUGUCGGAGAAUUUUCCCCUCUGACGUCCUUUUGGGUUGUUCAAGUAUCACAUACUUUUCCUCAUUUUUUGACCCUUCUCCCCCCUUCUAACGCAGCCCUACGCCAUCCUUUUGAAUUACGUAACGCGGGCCUGCCCCCCCCCCUCCUCCAAUUUAAAAAACAAAAUCAAGAAAACGCAGAAAAAACAGCUUGGAAAAAUUCGGGUUUUUUGGGAGAUAUUUCGCUGAAAUAAGAUGGGAAGAGAACACCAAAUGUGUGAAAAUACAUGAGUAGUUUUGUUCUAUUCAUACUUUUACCGUAUUAGUACACCGAGACAAUUUUGGAUUUUCAAUUAUAACACGAUUUUUUCCAAGUUUUUUCCCCCUAGCUCGGAUUUAUUACGUAACGCUGGGCCAAACCCCCUCCCCUCCCCUCUUAAGUGUGCUCAGUAAUACUUGAACGGCCCCUUCCGCAUUUUAGACCAUUUGGACUGCAUUUUGCAAUUUGGAACUAUAAAUUCUAGCCCGGUUGAAGAACAACGUAUGUGCCAUUAGUUUCCAUAAGCACAUACCUGUUUUUCCAGACGAGCCAGAAUUUAUAGUUCCGAAUUGCAAAAUGCAGUCCAUUUUAAAAACAGGCGCAUGCCGCAUGACUUCUUCGUUGAUCCAUGGAGGAAACAAGCUAAACGAUUUGUAAAGGACGCAACAAUUCCCUCUCAACGUUUUUCUUUUUUAGUCCAUUUACGUAACAAGUAUUCUUUUUUCUAUUCGUCGUGUUAAUGUACUUUAUUUUUACAUGCGUUUCUUAUUACAGACAAGAUUUUGACAUUAUGUCACAGCCCAUGGUGCUUAUUUCGUAAGCACAGAAAUACUGAUUUUGCUCAUCUACAGAAGAAACGACGUGGCCCUUUCAAUCUUGUCUCUAAAAUUAGAGAUACUUUAUAUCAAACUCCCGCUCACUAUUUUUCUUUUUUUACCUUUUAUUUACCUAAUUACAUGCACACGUUACACCCACAAAUUAGCGGCAGAAAAUUAAAGUGCAUGAGGAGAAACGAAAUUAUAUCUGAAUUAUUAUCGACUGCUCUCUUAAUGCAGGCGAUGGUUCCCUUCUGAUAUCUUUUUCAUUGCAGCUUUGUAGUUAAGAAAAAUCUUUUAUUAUCCAAAA